AUCUUAUAAAAGAUCAUCAAGAAAACCACUCAGUGAUGGGCUUUCUAAGCAUUACUUUUUAAAUUCACAUUAUCUUUUACAAAAUGGUUUCCAUAAAAGAUUUUUUAAAAGUAUGUUUUACUUUAUUUACAUAUUUCAUUGCAAAUAUAUUUGGUAUAGCUCCUAUCAUGCUUUCAAUUGGCAUAAUUACGUUCUAUUAUUAUCCAUUAUAUGCCAGACAUUUGCAUUCUGUACCUCAUCGAAAGUUAUCGCUGGUCGUUCUAUUCUUUUACUUCUCAAUUUCGUUCUGCUUUGCAGUAUCAGUAGAAAUCUUGUUGGAAUCACGUUUCGCUCUUAGCACUGAAGUAGACUUGAUUCGUCCACGUAACGCUUUAACAGUCUUGGUGCAUGCAGCAAUCUUCCGUUCCGUCAUCAAUCACUCUCGUAAAAUUGUAUAUAGAUUAAAAAAUUAUGGACGACACUGCAAAAGACAAGCAGUACUAACUGGACCGAAAAUACUUAAUAUAUUAUUUUAAAUUUUAAACGUGGAAUUUUUUUUUACUGCCAGACUUAACGUUAAAAAUUGCAGAAAGUAUAUGUUGACACCGAUUAUUGAAAUUAUAUCGGACGAUAAUACAGUUGAACCUGCAAUAACUGCUACUUUUUCGGGAACUUUUCUUCGAAAUGCAUGCAAAAUCUAUUGUGACAGUUAUUUACAGGUUUAUCUUCCAAUUAAUUUAAUAGUUUUACAUUUACAGGAGAUUAAAAUUUUAAAAUUAAUGAUAGCAAUAUUUCUUUAUAUAAUGUUCGUUUUAAUGCAGCAAUAUUAUUGUUAUAUAACCUGUAAGCAAGAGUGUAUUUACAUUAUAUCGUUUAUUUAGUCCUGUUUUAAAGAGAAGAAAAUGCUAAAUUAUUGCUGUAUGUGAUUUCGAUCGUGAUUCAUGUUUUGGUCUUUUUUUUCCUGUUAAAUUUUAAUAAUCUAAACAAAAUUAAAUGACGUGAAAUUG